AUGAAGUCGCUAGAUAUAGUCGACCAGGGAAACAGUGAGCUUGAAACCAUUUCGAUGUCAUCUUCAACGUCGCCGCGACGUAUCGAAGCUGCACCUGAACCACAACAACUGUACUUCCCUCCCUUUGCAAACAUAACCCCCACUUUCAACGUUAAGUUCCAACACUAUGCUUCACGAACAACAGCUAUCCUCAAGAAAUACCUGAAGUUCAUCGGGCCGGGACUCGUCGUGAGUGUCUCGUAUCUCGACCCGGGAAACUACCAAACUGCCAUCACAGCAGGUAGCUCGAACCAAUACAGUCUCCUUUUCAUUGUCUUUUUGUCCAACGUCAUUGCCAUUUUCCUCCAGAGUUUAUGUAUCAAGUUGGGUAGUGUCACGGGCUACGAUUUAGCGCGCUGUUGCCGCGAAUAUCUACCGCGCAAAUUAAACUAUAUGCUUUGGAUCUUGGCUGAGUGUGCCAUUAUCGCGACUGACGUAGCUGAAGUUAUCGGAAGUGCCAUUGCGUUGAACAUCUUGUUGCACAUCCCGUUGCCCGCCGGUGUGUGCAUCACCAUCGUCGAUGUCCUCUUUGUGAUGAUGACGUAUCGAGCUGAGACUAGCUCGAUGCGAUUUGUCAAGAUAUUCGAAUAUACCAUUGGCGCGUUGGUGAUGGUUGUUGUCAUUUGCUUUGCUAUUCAGUUGAGCCAAAUCCAUGCUGAUGUCGGAGAUGUCUUUCGCGGGUUUGUUCCUAGCAAGCAGAUGUUUCAAGGCAAUGGGAUGACUGUGGCUACCUCAAUUGUGGGAGCCACGGUGAUGAUCCACUCGCUUUUCCUUGGGUCGGGAUUAGUCCAGCCAAGAUUGCGAGAGUUUGACGUCAAGAAUGGCUACGUGAAACUCGAAGAGAUUACCACUGAUGACAACAAUAAUAACAACCAUGCUGAUGAGAAAAAGGACGAUCAAAAACAAAAAUCAUACGAGAGAGAAGCUGCGUUUUUCUACAACGAGUACAAGCCCUCAUACAAAGCCAUCAAGUACUCCCUCAAAUACUCCAUUAUAGAACUCACAAUCACCCUCUUCACGCUAGCUCUUUUCGUCAAUGCCGCGAUACUCAUCGUCGCGGGUUCAACGCUAUACGGGACUCCAGAAGCGAUCGAUGCAGACUUGUACACCAUCCACGACUUGAUCUCGCGCUCGAUUGCACCGGCAAUGGGUACGAUAUUCAUGGUGGCGCUAUUAUUCAGCGGUCAGAGCGCUGGAAUCGUGUGCACCAUCGCGGGCCAAGUGGUAAGCGAGGGACACAUCAACUGGACCAUACGGCCGUGGUUGCGUCGGUUGAUAACUCGUGGCAUUUCCAUAGUGCCGUGUUUGAUUAUCAGUUUGUGUAUCGGGAGGAACGGGAUGGGGGUAGCGUUGAACAUUUCGCAAGUUAUCAUCUCCAUCUUGUUGGCUCCCUUGACUGCACCGUUGAUAUAUUUCACUUGUUCGAAAAAGAUUAUGCGUGUCAAGUUGCCAGACGACGAUGAAGAAGAACACCAGCAGCAGCGAAGCGGAAGCGAUGAUGAAGAAGAGGCACGGUAUAAGGACAUGACGAACAACUGGGUCACCUCUGUGGUUGCUGUCGUCAUUUGGAUCUUUGUCUCGGUGUUGAAUGUUUAUGCCAUUUACCAAAUGGCCAAGGAUGGCGUUUCCGGUUGA